GUUAGCCGUGCUGUUCGUGGAGCGGUUCAUGUGAGGUCCUCGGCCGCUCUGUCUGCGCCUCCUUUUGUGCCUCUUUACUCAAGAUGGCUCCCGUUUUAGAGAAGAAGCUACUGGGCGCAGUCGGUACGGGCGACACUAUGGAAAACAGUAACGAGGAUGAUGAAGGACAAAACCUCUGGUCGUCAAUUCUCAGCGAAGUUUCCACACGCUCGAGCUCCAAAUUGCCAUCUGGGAAAAAUAUUUUAGUUUUUGGGGAGGAUGGUUCAGGAAAGACAACACUCAUGUCAAAAAUGCAAGGGGCAGAGCACAACAAGAAAGGAAGAGGUCUGGAAUAUUUGUACCUGAACGUCCAGGAUGAAGACAUAGAUGAUUUGGCUCGCUGUAAUGUGUGGAUCCUUGAUGGAGACUUGUACCACAAAAACUUACUGAAGUUUGCAGUGACUGCUGACUCGCUGAAGGACAGUCUGGCUGUGUUUGUGGUGGACAUGUCGCGGUCUUGGACCAUCAUGGAGUCACUGCAGAAGUGGGCGAGUGUGCUGCGUGAACAUGUGGACAAACUGAAGAUCCCACCUGAGGAAAGGAGAGAGAUGGAGCAGAAGAUGGUAAAGGCCUUCCAGGAGUACGUAGAACCAGAAGAAGCCACGCCAAGUUCACCCCAGAGACGAGCCCCUGCCGCUGCGGGAGAGGACGACAGCGUGUUGCUGCCCUUAGGAGACAACGUCCUCACACACAACCUGGGCAUUCCAGUGCUUAUAGCUUGUACAAAGUGUGAUGCUGUCAGUGUAUUGGAGAAGGAGCAUGACUACAGAGAGGAGCAUUUUGACUUCAUUCAGUCACAUAUUCGAAGGUUCUGCCUACAAUAUGGAGCCGGCUUGAUUUACACGUCUGUCAAAGAAGAAAAGAACCUGGACCUCCUCUACAAAUACAUGGUGCACAAAAUAUAUGACUUCCAUUUCGCCAUGGCUGCCUUAGUGGUGGAGAAGGACGCUGUGUUCAUUCCGUCCGGAUGGGAUAAUGAGAAAAAAAUUGCCAUCCUACACGAAAACUUUACAACGGUUCGACCUGAAGAUCCGUUCGAGGACUUCAUAACGAAACCUCCAGUACGAAAGUUGGUGCAUGACAAAGAAAUCAUUGCUGAGGAUGAGCAGGUGUUUCUCAUGAAGCAGCAGUCAUUGUUAGCCAAGCAGCCAGCCACACCGACAAGAGGAACUGAAUCUCCAGGCCGAACUGCAUCGGCUUCACCUCGGCCAGCAGGCCGGACGGGCCCCACCAAUGUGGCCAGCGUCUCACCCAUGACUACGGUGAAGAAACCAGACCCCAACAUGAAAGGAGCUGCGGCAAAUGAGGGAGUCCUGGCCAACUUCUUCAACAGUCUGCUGAGUAAAAAGACGGGCGUACCGAACAGUCCUGGGUCACCGGGGGCAGGAGCAGGGGUACAGGGCUCUGCCAAGAAAACAGGGCAGAAGCCGGGUUUGACUGACGUACAGGCUGAACUGGACCGAAUGACUCGUAAACCCGACUCUAUGGUAACAGCCAACACCCCAGCAACAGAGAACGAGGCAUGAGCACGCCUACAUUAUGCACUCUGGAUAUCAACCAUAUACCGACAUAAAGGAGCAAAAAAGCUAUUCAUGACCAAAAUUCUCCCCCCAGCUUGUGUGUCAAUCAGAAAACAGACCAUGAUUUACUGAAAGUGUUGGGAUUCUGUAUCGAUGAUUAGGCCCCGAUGUUAUGGGGGAAAGAAAGGUAGAUAUUUGAAAAGACGCAACUGCUUUUUGUCUUUGUUUGUUUGUUUUCCCAGACCUGUUUGUUUGUUUUUGCGGUGAAUGUUUUUGGUGAGGCAUGGCAGGUCAGUGAAUGGGUGCACUCUCUUAAGAAGGCAGUCAGACCUCUGCAUUGUGGGGCCUGGCUUAGCUUGGGGAAUUUUAACUCUAUCCAUUCCCCUCCUCCCAACAAGCACAGAAGCGAUCUGCCAUGUUGAAUAACAGCAGUGGCUUAGCAUGUUGCAUUCAGCUACAACAACUGCAUAAAAGUCUACAAAUAUUGAAAACACUUGCAAAAUAGUAUAUACUUGCAAAAAGUAUACAGUGUGUAAAACUGUUACAUUUAUGCUGAUGUAUUUAUAAAAACGGAAAGCAAAUCAAGCUUUUAAUUUCUCUGUGUUUUACCAGUGAGAUGUUAAGCUUCUCUUAACAUGGGUAACAUCACUGAUGUCAUGACACUAAUGACAAUACCCAUACGCCUUCAGCAUAUACGAAUGGCAGACCUCGCAACACCGCCUUGUCAAAUUAUGUAAAUAUGUGCUAAAUAUUUGCUAUACAGCUUUGAUUUGAGUUUUUUUGUAUAAAAUUGAAUUAUCUUAAAAAUUUAUGUAACUAUUUCAGAUGAAACAAGCAUUGGGUAGCAGGCUGAUCAUUUUCUUUUGGCUUUGGUUGUAUUUGGAGGAGAGGGGCGGGGCAGCAUCUUUCCUAAUGUAACUCCCAAGUGCCUGGCACAGUAUACUGUUUGUGUCAUAGUGGAGGUGCUUGUCUCCAAAAGGGGAAUUGCACUGUAGCAUCAAUGGUCAUCAGUUCUUUUUACGUCCUUUUGUCUAUUGCUUCGUGUAAUUUAUUUGUUUUCUUUGGAAACAUGUGGAAAUUCCUAUAUAGUUUUGUUUUGCUGACAUAGGGAGCUUGCUUUUCUUUUUUCGAAUGUCAAAAUAUCCAUAUAGGACAUGAUAUGGAUGUUUGGGGGGGGGCAUUUUGUCCAACCCCCAAAUCGAAAUUGUGAUUUAAACCACUAGCACUAUUCUCAUUUGGCCAAGUGACGGACUGUUUGUCAUUUUCAUUAAGUUACAAACAGGAUUGUAGUGUGCAUCUAUCAGUUUUGUUUUUUUAUAGGCCCCUAUAAAGAUUUAUGUAACACAUUCCCUGUUCUGCAGUGUCGAAGUCCCUGUAGGCAAAUUCAGCCAAAUGUUUUUUUUGUGUGCACUUCCUUAGUGCCCACUGGAAGUGAUGACUUUGCCUUCAGUCUAGCGUUUACUGUUGUCACUCCACAUGCUCUGUUCUCUUUACUCAGGGUAGAUCUGAGUCCAUACAACAGCCUUGUAUCUUCACAGUGAGUUUAUAAGUAAUCUUGACCUUUCUCAACAUGUUCUUCCACUACUGCUUCUGUAACAUUGAAUCGUUUGCGUUUUUGACUGAACAUGACACAAAUUUAGAUGGUUUGUGAGCUUUGGAACUUGACAGGUUAUCCGGAGCUAUGAUGUAAUGGUUUUGGUGUGGAAAAACUGUAAAUGGAGCAGCUACAGUGGCUUUUAAAUUCAUUACGUUUUCAGAUGAAAAAGGAAAACGCUGAAAAUUUGGAAUCUGGAACUAAAGAUGUAGAAUCCACAUGUUACGUCUAUGUCGAGAAGCUGGCCUUAUUUCCUCCCAGGUGGCCUCUCUUUUGGCACAGUCUGGAGAAGCCAUCAUUCCAGAAUGGAUCCUUCUGCUUACCGUGGUGUCGUGUUCUGUGUCAGAAUAUUCCACAAGAGUUUUAAGUCCUUUUUUUAAGCUCUUCAAGGGAAUAGAUCACAAGAUGUGUAGAAUGUACUGUGGUUUUGCAUGAACUUGUAAGAAAAGAAAAAUCUCAUACCAAACGAGAGAUAAGGAACUCAAAUGAAAUUGCAUUUUUUUUGCUACAUAACAAUGUUAACGUUCCCAUUUAUGAUGGGCAGGGCUAAAGCAUUUGCUGAUAUUCAAGCACAACAUUAUGUCAGGACUAUACCUCUCAAGAACUUCUUUGGCCGUCAUUUUUCAAACCUUUGAUCAAAACCACUUAAUAUAAUCUUAAAUGCACUUAUUUCAUUGCAUUCUCUGAGUUUGCUAUGUGACUGAAAUCUCACUGUCUGAAUCUCACUGACACAUUCCUGUAAACGUAGCUCCCUUUCCCCCAAGAGACUUGGCAUAAAAACCAUAUUAAACAUUUGUUGUUCAGUCAAACGCAAAUGUUUUUCAAUAUUUUUGUUUUAUUUAACACAAAUUUGACAGUGACUGAUUUGAAUGAAAGCUUGAUAACUAAGAAAUUUGAAAAACUAACAAGCUGCUCCUGAGAUGCCUGGAGUACUUGAAAAAUGCUUCCUUACACAGAACACUGUUUUCCCAAAGAAGAUUACACAACACGUGUUGAAGUUUAGGGGUGCUCACCGAAAGAAACUUUUCUUUGGCUUCGGCUUCCAUAAUUUUCCCCUCAAUUGGUGAUGAACGCAGUUAUAUGAUGAACAACGCAUUUUGUAAUUCAUUCAGUGUAGGGUGGGAAUUGUUCACUAUAAUCUUUCCAAUAUGCACUUACCCCUGUAAGAAAGAAAAUGUUGAGCAAAUGCUUUAGCUUUCAAAAUUUUCUAUACAGGAAUUAAAGACCUUUCUAUUCACAAAGGACUGUUUUGUGUUGUACAUUGAAGUGAGUCUGAUUGUAUUGCUUUAACCUGAUGCAGAAUGCAGCCAUGUGGAAUCUUGCUUUUCAUGCAAACAAAGAUAAGGAAACGUCUUUUUUUCAGUCCUGGCUUAAAUAAAAUACAAACACAAACAGCA